CAAAACACUUCUCAUCUCCAUCUCUCUCUCUCUACCUUUUGACACCAAAGAGUGCUCUUUUGCUACUACUCUCCAAGUAUUUGUGUACUCUCUCUCUCACACUCUCUCUCUCUCUCUUUCUUAGCCGUGUUGGGUUGCAGAAGAAGCUGAGAGGAAGGAGGGGAGUUUGGAUUUGAAAGGACAUUAAAAGGCCACUUCCUUAGAUAGGGGUAUAAAUAUUACUUUUAUUUAGGGGUGGGUUGCUAAAUUGCUUAAUAAAAAUAGGAGCUUUGGGGGAAAAAAAAGCGAAAAAGGAGAAUAGGAGGAGCCACUCAACCUCUCAAACGGCUAGAAUUUGGACGGUUUGAGGCUUUUGCGAGGAGAAAAAGGCGGAAUCCGUAGAGAAAUUUGGGGAAAAAAAGGGUUUUUUUUUAAAAAAAAUAUUGUUUAUCCUGAUUGAGAUUUCCGUUGAAGAGAAAAGGUGGGAUUUUUAGGGACUUUUGGGCUUUUUGUGAUUUGGUUUUUUUUUUUUUCUCCUUCCCGUUUGGGUUCGCGAUGCCGGAUUCUGGGUAUUAUAAUUCGAAGAAAUCAGAUGAUCUUUGCGAGGAUGUGUGUGGAGAGGCGAGGGCCGCCCUGAGCAUGUCGCGGCUGCGCUGCGCCCUCCGCGGGUUCGAUCUCAAGGCAUUACUUCUCCUCUUCGUCGGCUUACCGACACUCAUCUUCGUCAUAUAUGUACAUGGCCAGAAGAUCACCUACUUCCUUCGCCCGCUUUGGGAAUCUCCGCCGAAGCCCUUCGAAACCAUCCCUCAUUAUUACCAUGAGAAUGUGUCGUUCGACCACCUCUGCAAGCUCCACGGAUGGAGAGUCCGCGAAUCGCCGCGGAGAGUCUUCGAUGCUGUGCUCUUCAGCAACGAGCUCGACAUCCUGAAAAUCCGUUGGAAUGAGCUGAGCCCCUACGUUUCCGAGUUCGUGCUCCUCGAAUCCAAUUCCACUUUCACUGGCCUGAGAAAGCAGCUCUACUUUGCAGAGAACCGUGACCGCUUUGAGUUUGCCGAGUCCAGGCUCACGUAUGGCACGGUCGGUGGAAGAUUCGUGAAGGGGGAGAACCCGUUUGUCGAGGAGUCGUAUCAGAGAGUGGCGUUGGACCAGUUGAUCAGAAUCGCGGGCAUCAAUGACGAUGACCUAUUGAUCAUGUCCGACGUCGAUGAGAUCCCUAGCGGCCACACGAUCGACCUGUUAAGAUGGUGCGAUGAUAUUCCUGAGAUACUGCAUCUCCAGCUCCGGAAUUAUCUUUAUUCGUUCGAGUUCUACCUUGAUGAUAAGAGUUGGAGGGCUUCGGUCCACCGCUAUCGAGCAGGGAAGACGAGAUACGCACAUUUCCGGCAGACUGACAACCUAUUGGCUGAUUCGGGGUGGCACUGCAGCUUCUGCUUCCGCCGCAUCAGCGAUUUCGUGUUCAAGAUGAGGGCGUAUAGUCACGUGGACCGCGUGAGGUUUAAGUAUUACCUCAACCGAUCCAGGAUUCAAAGUGUUAUAUGCCGAGGAGCGGACCUAUUCGAUAUGCUUCCUGAGGAAUACACUUUUCAAGAGAUCAUUGCAAAGCUGGGGCCGAUUCCACGUACAUAUUCUGCUGUUCAUCUUCCUGGCUAUCUACUACAGAAUGUCGAACAGUACAGAUAUCUCCUACCCGGAAACUGCAUAAGAGAGAGUGGCUAAACUUUAUCCCCUAUAUCACUUGUUUCCUUCAAUCGAUUCAGAGAUCGCCACUUUGUACGGUAAACAAGUAUCUAACCGUAGAUGGAAUGACUCUUCAGUGAGAAGUGGAGGAUGGACAACUUUUAGAGCUUAUUAUCUAUUAAGAUGAUUGAAGAGCAAACACCAUCUACAUGCUUUCUCGCACUGUUUAUCUGACAAAAGGAUGUCGACAGAGUGUAACUACCAACGGAGAUCGCUCAUUUUUCUUCGAAUUGUUGGUAUGUGAAUCGCACUGUUUUUGUUGAAAUGAAAAUCAGCCGACAUUCCAAAGUCCAAACUUGUGUUAUUGUGAGUUAGGAAAUUGGUUUUUGUUGGAGAAUUAAUUUAUUCAUGUAAUUGUCUUUUGCAGUAGCCUAGAUAUUUUAACGGCACCUUGAGAUGCACCAUGUAUUGGAGUUCUUCAUUUUGAGGCGAAUUUUUAAUAUGAUUUAUGGCGAGAUUUCUUCUA